AUGGUUGAUGAAAUAAAAAUCAAAAUCGAAGAAAUAAACCGAAAUAAGAUCACAUUUACAAUAUUCAAUGACAAUAACAAAGCAUCCUUCCCAAAAAACGAAGAGAACUGCCAACUUACUUUUACUAACUCUUUUUCAUUGAAUAAAAAACUACCCAAUAGAACUUCAAGUGGACCAGACUACAUUCCUUCAAUAAUCCACAUCAACAUCAUCACAAAGGCUUGUGAGGAUGAUAAACUCAUCCCUGAUGAACAAUUUGGAUUCAAGAGACAACACUCCACGACCCAUGCAGCUCACGUAGUAACUGACGUACUCCACAGCCUCCACCACAAAGAACUUGCUGCAGCAGUGCUGAUCAAUCAGGAAAAAGUAUUCGACUCGAUAUGA